ACAAUCACUUCUUCGUCUCACGCCGUCGAGUCGGCGACCACUGAUCACUGAACCGUGAAACCCGAACCGACCGGCUCGAGGUUUUCUUCUCCACACGGUACUCGCUCCGUCUCUGUUCUGUAUCAGACUCACCGCCGAAAUUUGUCUCUGCUCUCCGUCUCUAAAUGAACCUAGUUUUAUUUUGGCGCAGAGGAGUGGAAGGGAUCGACAAAACCCUCAAUCCGUCUUCACAAUUCUUUCUCAAAGCUUAAUCGAUCAUCAAAAUUUCUAUGGCGGACAAUGUAGCCUCUCAAGAUCUAAGGAAUCGUGCUUUGGAGGCAUUGGAGCGAAGGUGCGCUGCUGCGAAAGCGGAGCUUCUUCAACAGCAGAAGAAGAUUAGUUCUACUAAGGAAUCAAAUAGUGGAGGAAAAGCUGAUUUAACCGAUUCUUCUUCAGUUGUUGUCGCAGGAAAUACAUCUGGUUAUUUAAUUCCUUUGCCCCGUAAAGAAAAAACCCUAAAUAUAGGUUCCUUCAUUAUACCUAUAUAUUUAUAUACUUUCGGUUGGUGGCGAAGUCAUUAUGUUUUUAGUUUGUUUAUGGUUAAUUGCUUCCUUUCACAUGCAGAUGUAGAAGAAAAUGAUCCAAUAUAUUUCACCCUUUCAGCUGCUGUGAAUGAAAAUUUGCUGGCUACAAAUAUGGAUGUUUCAAGUAACAGAGGAGUGGUUAGCAAGAUUUGUCACGAGCUAAGAAAUGGGGGUUACGUUAAGCGAUCAAGAGAAUUGAAAGUUGAUUCAUGGAUCAUUCUUGAUAACUUUGUUCCAAAACGUCCUGGAAUGAUUGGCUCUCGAAUGAGGGCUUUGCGGAACUAUUCAAAGCGAUCCAAAAGGCGUAUGUCUAUGAAGCAACAUAAAAACUGUGGGACGUUUGAUUUGCAUUCUGAUUUCCAUAAGUUUGAGAUCUUUUUGCCAAUGCAUGAUAUGUGGAAGAGCUACAUGACAAAACGCUUGCGCCAUGUUGGGCAAGAUGCGUUGGCUCAAAAUCUUCUCACUGCAGAUCUUCACGGUUCCAUUAUCCUAGUUGUCGAGUGUAAAAUACCUGCUUUUACUGGAAUAAGCGGCAUCAUGAUUCGAGAAACUGCAGAAACAUUUGGGAUUGUGACAAAAGAUGAUAAGUUUCGAGUUGUGCCAAAGAAGUCUUCUGUGUUUAUUUUCCAAUGGGAUUGUUGGAAAAUUACAUUGCUGGGAGAUAAACUCAGUUCAAGAAUUUCAGGUCAACCUUGAUGACAAUUGAAUCCAGCAAAUUAUUUACACUGCAAACAGCCUUUACAAUAAUAUAUAAAGAUUGUACAGGUAAUUCUCUGAAAUCGAGGCCAUUGAAAGGCAAUUUUUGUAUGCUUAGACUGUUGAAAUUGCAACUUUAAACUUCUUCCUAGAAAUCUCUAUGAACAAGAUUAGAUCGAGACGAAAUAUUUCCAUUUUUUUUUAAA